AUGGCUCUGCACCCACGACGUGUUCGGCUAAAGCCGUGGUUGGUGGCUCAGGUGGACAGCGGGAUGUAUCCAGGUCUUGUAUGGCUAGACAGGGAGGCAAAGAGGUUUCAAAUACCAUGGAAACAUGCAACACGCCAUAGCCCCCAGCAUGAAGAAGAAAAUACAAUCUUCAAGGCAUGGGCUGUAGAGACUGGUAAAUAUCAAGAAGGAGCUGAUGAUCCUGAUCCAGCAAAGUGGAAGGCCCAACUGCGCUGCGCACUUAACAAGAGUCGGGAAUUUAAACUAAUGUAUGAUGGAACCAAAGAAGUUCCAAUGAACCCCAUUAAAAUCUAUGAGGUGUGUGACAUACCUCAAUCCCAAGGUCCCAUCCUAAACCCAGGUUCUACUGGUUCUUCUCCAUGGGAUGAUGAUGAGUAUGAAGAGGAUGAUAUAAGUCAGUCACAGAUGCAUGUCCCGAUCCAGGAGCCUUUUAAUGGCUUGACAAUCAAUGAUUCUCCCAUGGCUCCAGCAAGUCUAGAUAGCUGUACUCCUGAACCAAACUGGCCAAAGUCAGAACCGCAAGACAUGGAGGUUCCCCCAACCCCAGGAGGGGUGGAGCUUUUUGGUUCUCCUGAAUUGUGGAUUAGCUCCCUACCUAUGACUGAUCUUGAGAUCCAGUUCCUUUACAGGGGAAAAGAGAUGGGUCAGACAAUGACGGUCAGUAACCCUCAAGGCUGCAGACUUUUCUAUGGUGACCUAGGCCCAAUGCCGAACCAGGAAGAACUUUUUGGUCCCACCAGUCUGGAGCAGGUUAGAUUUCCAGGCCCAGAACAGAUUGUAAAUGAGAGGCAGAAGUUGUACACUAGCCGCCUGCUGGAUGUCAUGGACAGAGGACUUAUCUUGGAAGUCAGCGGGCAUGCUGUCUAUGCUGUUCGACUUUGCCAGUGCAAGGUUUACUGGACAGGACCAUGCUCUCCUUCACCAAAUAUUCCAAAUCUGAUUGAGCGCCAGAAGAAAGUGAAACUUUUCUGUCUGGAGGCCUUCCUAAGUGACCUAUUGUCUAAUUUAAGCAAAUUACUGACUAAGCAGCCUCCAUAUGAAAUCUACUUGUGUUUUGGAGAAGAAUGGCCUGAUGGUAAGCCAAAGGAGAGGAAGCUGAUUAUUGUGCAGAUCAUUCCAGUGGUAGCUCGGAUGAUUCUUGAGAUGUUCUCUGGAGAUGUAACUCGAUCCUUUGAAAGUGGAAGCGUUCGCCUGCAAAUUUCUGUUCCUGAUAUUAAGGAUAACAUUGUUGCCCACCUCAAACAGCUUUACCGCCUCCUACAGAAUCACCAGGGUCCAGACACAUGGCCAAUGUUACCACAUCAGAACAUGCAGCAACAAAAUCUACAACCACCAAAUCUGCACCCUGCAAAUAUGCAGCCACCAAACCUACAUAUCGCUCAGGCACUGCAAGCUCAGUGAUGCCACGGAUCAUAACUUUGGGAACUUUGUAUAUUACCCACUGGAAACUCUCCUUACUCUGCAUGGUAGUUGGGACUGUUGAGGCAGAUAUUGCUUUGACUUUGUUUGCUUUAAGGAUGAUUUUCAGUAUUCUGUUUAAUCCUGGAAAGAAGGCCCCGUACAAUAUUGCAGUCAGCUGUUUGUGCAUGUAUGAGUCAAUGAGUUCUUACCCUGUGUUUUAUAGUAGCAGUUCACUGAGAUACCUA